CCCUCUGGCUGUUUGAUGGGUCCCCUGAAUCUGUUCCUCUUUACCACUCAACUGGUCACAUUUUUCCAAUGUCAUCACAUACAAUGAAGGACUGGCAGUAUUGCAUUGCAUAGGAGGAUGCUGAGGCCCUGCCCACAUUCCAGGACUAUUGGAGACCAGAAAAGAGCUCUAGCUGUCUGGGGAGCAAGGAAUAAGAUCAUGAGAAGAAUUCAGAACAGCUCAUCUUCCAUCUCUGACGCACCGCAUUAAGAGACGGAAGCCAUUGUGUCUCCAGCCUAACACGCUUGGGAAUGAUGCUGAAUAACAACUUGAGUAUAACAAAGAAUGUCACAGAGAUCCACUCUGCAAGCUUAGGCCUGGUUCUAGGAACCAUAUCAUUUUUUACAGUCAUCAUGAACAUUUUGGUGUUGUAUGCUGUAAAAACCGAGCGCAAACUUCAUACGGUUGGAAACCUGUACAUUGUCAGCUUAUCUAUUGCAGAUCUAAUUGUGGGUGUGGCCGUUAUGCCCCUUAACAUUGUGUAUCUCCUAAAUCAUGAGUGGAUACUUGGAAGACCAGCAUGCCUCUUUUGGUUGUCUAUGGACUACGUAGCUAGUACAGCUUCCAUCUUUAGCCUUUUUAUUCUCUGUAUUGAUCGUUAUCGUUCAAUCCAACAGCCGCUGCAAUACUUAAAGUACCGUACAAAAACCCGAGCCUCUGCAAUGAUAUCAGGAGCAUGGAUUUUGUCCUUGACUUGGGUUAUACCAAUUUUGGGCUGGCAUGUGUUUGCAAAUGGUGGAGUUCGAUCAGUACCAGAACAUAUGUGCGAAACAGAGUUCCACAAAGUGACUUGGUUUAAAGUUCUUACGGCCAUAUUAAAUUUUUACAUUCCAUCUUUGCUAAUGUUGUGGUUUUAUGCCAAAAUUUACAAGGCUGUACGGGAACACUACAAACAUCGACAGCUUAUUAAUGGUUCCUUCCAACUGUUUUAUGGCAGUAAAUUUGUUAGAAAUGUGAAGGUGCUCAAAAAAUCCAAAGAUUGUGUGAGGCGGCAAUGUCCUAAUGGAAAUCUAAUGGUUCCCGAGACAAACUUUCACAGUCAUUACACCACAGUUUCAAAUGUUUUUACACAACAAAAAAACACUCGAGAACAUUUCCAAAUAGAAGAAUAUGAAGGUCAACAAGGAUAUGAACCAUGUGAUAAUAAGGUUGUUAAGUUGCACUGUUUUCCUCUUGCUAUAAUACAGGCCCACCCAGAAGAGUGUCGAAACUAUGUUACAGUCAACAGAAAAAAACUGAAAGACCAGUGUCUGGAUAACCUGGAUGUGACAGACGAAGAGCAUACAUUUGCAGAAGCAGGUUCUUGUAUCUUAGAGACAAGUCACGUGGAAGACAACAACACAGAGAAUGCUGAGGGAUCUGAACCCCAAGUCUCUGGGAACCUUAGCUACCUGAAACAUACUUGGCAGAGGUUCCGCACACAUUCCAAACAGAACAUCCAAGGACUUCAUAUGAAUAGGGAGAGAAAAGCGGCUAAGCAAUUGGGUUUCAUUAUGGCAGCAUUUAUGUUGUGUUGGAUCCCAUACUUUGUUCUUUUUAUGGUCAUAGCAUUUUGCCAAGACUGCUUUAACCUCAAUUUUCACAUGUUUACUAUUUGGCUAGGUUACAUCAAUUCGACACUGAACCCUCUUAUCUAUCCCUUGUGUAAUGAGAAUUUCAAAAAGACAUUUAAAAAGAUAUUUCAUGUUAAGUUAAACUGUGGUGUUUGUAAAAAGGAAACGUUUACAAUGUGCAGCUAUAAAUGAACUCAAGGACAAAUCAGAAAAUACAGGAUUUCAGUAUUAUCAUUCAGUGUUUUACAGGAGAUUUUCAUUUUCGGCAAAAAUGGAAAUCACCUUCAAACAGGUUGUAAUGUCCAGCAGCUAUCUGCUCCAACCAACUUCCAACCAACCCAACUAGCAAAACCAACGACAACACUCUCAGAGCACUGAUUGCUGGUAGGAAUUUAAAGUCAGAUUUCUUGUUGGUGUCAAAUGCUUGGAAUAGAUUUCACUAAUGAUGGAAACCAAAACCAUUGGACGUUACUCCCCUACUGAAGAUGUUUUCACUUUUCUUCUAACAAUGGAAAACUCAUAUGUCACUGUUUAUAGACUGGAACACUGUUUUAUUCACUGUUUUAUGUUAUCUGUAAAAAUUUUAAUAUUGUCUUAAUAUUGUUGGAAUUUCGUAUGGACUACUUGCAGUAAGUUAUUGUUGAGCGAUUAAAAUAGUCAGUAUCUGACAUAACCCAGAGACAUACAAUAAGUAUUUCUAAGAAAAAUUUAGAAACAUUUGUAAAAUAUUUAAUUGAAAGACAAUGGGGUUGAUUUACUAAAACUGGAGAGUGCAA